GCGCAAACCUUGACGGAGGCGACGCUGCGUAGACGUUAUCCAGUCUCUCUAACUUCGCAUUAAAAAGACAAGAAAAGAUUGUACGUGGUGAGAAAACAAAGGCGAUCAGAUGCUUGCGUAGGAGACAGAAAUGAGAAACAAAGAAAAAAAACCCGUUACUAUUUUUACCGUUUUCAUACUUGCUACACGCACACACAUACACAUACAUACCGGUCCCAAACUUAGAAGUUACUUGUCUUCACAUCAACUAUGCGUUCACGCCGUCAAGGCGUGCUAGACGCUGUGAGCGUGCUCGGCAUGGACCCGUGGAAAGACGACCGAGUGCGUGACUUCGUGGCCAUUAACACGAUUCAACGCCUCCGUGCGUACCACCUCGAAGCCGGUGCACCGAUGCCACCAAUUGAGGAUAUUAACGCCGACCGCGCGCUUAAUUUGCUGCUGCUGCCCCGUGCGGAGCCGGACUAUCGCCCAUGCGCCGGGGAACGGCCACAGACGCGGCCGAAGCUGCUCCCGCGUCGUCAGGGAAAAGCUUCCAUCCAACGUCAGCCGCGACAGCACGACGGAGAAGGCGAAGAAAGGGAGGACGGUGCAGACAACAUGCACAGUGGCCGGAGCACUUCUUCCGCCUCUACCACCAGCACCACCUCCACCACGUUUUCGUCGUCGGAUAAUGAUGAUGUCGACAAAGGCAGCACGAGUACACCAUUGAAUCGAACACCUGCACGACAACCCCCACCGGGUCCAACAUCGCAUUCUCCUGAGGCGAAGACGGACACGGCGUUCUCCACGCAGUGCGCUGUUGACCGGGCUCGUGCCGUGUUCUUCGGGGCAACUUCUUUUCACGCGUCAACGUCUCCACGGCGGCUCGUUAACUCGCCUCACGUGCCGCUGACGCCGUCUGUCACGUCGACCUCGCCGAUUGCAGAGCGCCAGAUACCGCAUCGCACAGCAUUGCAGUUACCCGGGUCCACGGCCGUGGCAGCCGUCGCAACACCAUCCCCUGCUCUCCACACCAAUGCCCACCACAACGCCACAGGGGACGGCGAAGAUGGAGGCCUUCGCGCCGCCCCGUGGGCGGCUUCUCGAUCGCUGAACGUGGACCUGGAUGCGUACAUUGAGAUCAACAGUACACCGCUGCGUGUUGCCCCACCUCCUCCAUUGUCGCCGAUAGUCGCCACAACAUUAGCAGCACCCCUCGCGCUUGCCAAUGAGAGCGACGCCCUGCAAGGUAGUGAUGAAACGAGAGAAGACAAAGGGGACGACGGUGGUGCCGCCUCCUCUGCGCCCAGCACCGAUGCAGACGCAAAGGACACGUGCCUUGUUGCAGCGUCCGACGUCGCACUUCCCGGAAAAGUGGCGAAGAAUGACAUCGGCGCCGGCCCUUCCCCGGAUGCGACACCCCCAGCCAUUCGACCAACUACUGAAAAUGCUGUCGUCUCCGCAUGUGAAGACGGUACGGAUGCCAAGCAAAACUCGGAGGAAAACAGCAGCAACAACGGCAGCCAUCAUUUUCCUGAUCAACGGGGGUGUGACGUGUGCGACGCCAUCACUCAGUACUUCCAGUCGAUGCUCACACGCGGCGUGGUGCUGGAUCGGUACAACCACAAGGACUUGGCGUUUGCGUGGUGGGUGCUGGGGCGGAACAUGGACACCGCGGCGCUGGAGAACCGCGGCCCGAUGCGACGCGAGGCGCUGCUCAUCACCAUCCGCAAUAUGUACUACGGCUUACUCUCUGCCGACGAGGCAAGGAAGACGGCCAACGAGGCGACGGCGCAGGCGGAUGUGUCGACGGAUGCCGCGUAUCGUGCCACAGUGGGUAGUGAGGUUGACGAGGAGGCAGAGGACGGCGUGUCAGGGAGAGGUGGCACGACAGACGAGGAAGAGACGGCGGCGACAGAGCCGCAGAGACCGUCGAAAGGAAUUGCUGCUCUUGCCACGGCUGCCCCUACACCACGGCCGCGAGGGCGAGGCCGUCAUCCCGGCGCCAUCUCCGCCAGCACCCCUUCAGGGACUCUCCUGGAAGUACCCGCUUCUACGACUGCAGCCGCAGCACGGAAGCGGCCACGCACAGGGCCGGAGGACAAGAGCCCCCAAAGUGACGCUGAAAAGGAUCAUCGCAACGAUGGCGAAGAGGGGAGCGGCGACGGCACCUCUAUCCAGCUGCAGCGGCCCGGCAUUUCGGCCAACGACGCGCGUGUGUCCGCGAUCGUCACCAGAGCGCGGUUCAAAGCGCCAACUACGCCUUCGUCCCGUGACAACGCAACCGCAGAUGAGCCAUCUGCGACUUUGGAAGACAAACCUAUGCGGCGGCGCCACACGACUGCGGAGAGGACGGCUACAGCACACCCCCUCGCAGCAGCCCUGCGAGGUGAUGACUUGCGUCGCUACGGGCUAGCGGAUUUCGACAGCGUGGACGACGCCGUAAGCGAGUCCACGUCAGUGACCAGCUCCACCACCGCGUCCCGUGCGGGAAGUGUGACGCCUGCAGGGACGUCCAGCAGCGGCGGCGGUGGCGGCCGACGGCGACGCCGUGCCGAGGACCGCCGACAGGCCGUGGAGGAGACGUGGACGUCGACACGCACAAACCGACGCACUGCCCCGGCGAGGUUGGCGGCGGCGCUGGAGCAGCACGACUCCGCGGCGGCGGUGGGACAGCCGCCCAGUCGCCGAGAUGCGUCGCGGGCGGCUGCCAAGACGAGCGCAGCGGGUGCCUUCACGACAGCAACGGAGCUCCCCAGCGUCGUCAGCGCAGAGGUUGCGAGCCGAGAGGUGGCAUCGGCGGAGGGUCAGACGGCGGCGCCCGUGUUGGCAGGCAGCCAACGCAGGUCUUCGAAGGCGACGAUCGCGGCUGUUAGCGCGUCAACCGCAUCGAAGGCGAAGGCGAAAGCUAAAGCGGCUUCCAAGCGGACACGGAGUCGCGGCGGCAACAACGACGGUGAAGAGAAGCACGACGAGGACGCAGCAGUCGCUGAAGGCGCCCAGGCAGACGAAGAGGUGGGAGAAGACGUCGUGGCGAGGCCGGCGCCGCUAAAGCCGCAGGGAAAGACCGGUCAGCAGAUCCCAGCUAAGAAGACAACGCGCAGCACCGGAAAAGCCCCGCAGGCCACGAUUGGUGACGGCACUACCGACGCCAUCGGGGGGCGGAAAGGCGCAGCAGAGGGCACCACCGGCCCCUCUACACUGAAGAUGGACAAGCAGCAACCACCGCCACCGGAGAAGAAGGAAGAGCACCGUGGCCGGCCACGUGGUAGCUUCAAGGUUCCCAGACCCAUCGUGGACGGUGUGCCCGUCGCCACCACCGGAAGCAGCGCAUACAAAGCCGGCACCUCCGCAGCAACCAGUGCAAGCCGAAGCGGAGAGAAGAAACGCGAGGAAUCGAGUAGCACAUCAGCGUCCUCUCCGACUACGUUCGCGGUGGCCGCCAGCGUUCCUUCCUUCCCCGUCGCGGCGACAGCGGCCUCCGAUCACGGCGGUAAAAAUCUUCCAGUGCCGCGCGAGAUGCCGCUGGGGCUCACCGCACAUGAAGUGGCGGUGCGUGCGCGCAUUCAACAUCGAAUGGGUGUGCCGCUCACCCCACCCGCCGCUUCUGCUGCUCCUUCCUUCUCCUCCGACCGCACUUCGCAGACCCCCUCGGAGAUCGCGGCUGCCGAUGCCCCUGCGACGGUGUACUCGUCGUACACGUUUCUCCUAUCAUCGUUUGCGUCAAAUGGACAGUCAGACGGUGCGAAGGGCAGCAUCGCCACGACAGCUCCGGUGAUAUGGUACGGUCCUGUGACUCCACCAGGGGAUCGCGCGAGGGCGGAUGAAAAGGCAGAGGUGACUGCCGCUGCCCCGGCAGCGCGCCUGCGUGGUCGGAAGAAGAAAGCGGAGGGCGGCGUUAACAGCGCACUUCUCGGUUGUGCACUACAGCAUGAUCAGGCAGCCCUGGAGCGUCGGGUGAAGGCGCGACUGGCACGCGAGGCGUCAGGUGCUGCCAGCUUUUCAUCCCCGUCGUCCCCUGCUUAUUCAAGCCACCACCCGCCGAAAGGGAGCACCGCAGAAGUUGCACACCUUGCCGAGUGCGCCUCAAUCAACGGCGGGCAGGAGUGCAAUGCUGAUGGGACUGAUGUGAAUCCACUCACUGAGGUGAAGGUGGAAGGUGAGGAGGAGGCGGAGAGCCCGACGACAUUCAGUGGUCCUUUCCCCUCUCCGCUCGCCGGGGAAGCAUCGGGGCGUGGCAACGGUGGCCCAGCAGCAGACGACCUUGAAGCCCGCGUGUCGCCCCCUCCGCCACUGCCACCCGCAGAGUUUGCAGCGUUGACGUACGCGCAACAGUGCCUGCUCGUGUGGACGGCGGGUGAGCUGCUGGAGCGACACGCACGUCAGCGUCACGCCGCGGAGACCCGUCGUGCGCGGCUGCUCGCCCGCUGCGGUCGCAUGGCAACGCGUCGGAUGGCGGCCCGCGUGGCGGCGGCGGCGGAGAGCAGCGGCGCGAUCGAGGUGAUCGGCGACGCUGCUGAGCAGCUUGUGAAGUCGCUGGCAAAGGAAGAGGAUGCGGAGGAUGCGGUGGACCGCAGCAACGAUCCCGGUUCGGAGAGAAGCAGCGACGGCGACGACGGCAGCGAAGGUGGGGAAGUGGAGAAAGGACGGGGGCGCGGCCGAUCACGUGGCUCUGUCCCAAUGGAGAAGGUCAGCGCGGAGGACACAGAAAGCGACAGUGACGCGUCUUCUGCGUUGUCGAGGGAAGCUCGCCGUAAGGAACUGCGGCCCUUGCCGCGACGGUGGUAUGAUUACUGGGCUGUAUAUAGAGCCUCCGGUGGUGCUGCCGCUUUUGCUGGCGCUCCGACCAAGCAGGAAGCGUGA